AUGGCAAGCACAGGCAUCUCCCCCUUCCCACCCAUCCGCUUCGAUCAGGCCGUCAAGUUUGCCAACGACGCCAGCGGCAAGGAUCGGCUGCUGCGUCUCUUCAUCUACGUCGGCCGGCUCGCCAUGUGGGCCCUCAAGCGCCGCGGGCUGGCCGAGGCCGCCGCGCGCAUCAAGGCCCUCGACUCGGCCUUCAACCACACGCGCCGCGUCCUGCGGCUGGGCAAGCUGGGCAACGCCGUCAAGCAGUGGAACGACUGCCGGGCCAAGUUCUGGGGGCCGGCCGGCCUCAAGUGGGCCUUCUUCGUGGUCGAGCUGUUCAAGAUCACGGCCGGCAACGUCUACAUCUGCUGCGACCACCUGCGAUGGCUGGGCGAGAUCGGCGUCUUCAAGUCCAUCGACUGGAAGAAGUGGGGCGACCGCUCGACCUGGUGCUGGUUCGCCGGCCUGGUGGGCUCGCUGGCCAUGGACGCCCUCCAGCUGCGCGCCAGCCUCACCCGCGAGCGGCUCCUCCUUCAAGAUUUGAAGGACAGCCAGCUGCAGCCGCACCAGCUCGACCAGCUCGACCAGCGACUGACGACCAGCGGCGACGCGCAAGCCAAGUCACAGCAGGAGAACAAGGGCACGGCGGCGGCGGCGACGGCGACAACGGCGACGAAGCAGGAGGCGGAGAAGGCGCUGGCGCAGCUGCGACGGGCGCGCGAGCUGAUCUACUGGGACGUGGCGAAGAACGUGUGGGACGCGCCGCUGGCGGUGGUGGGCUCGUUCAAGCUCACGGGCAUGCCCGGCGGCGUGCUCGAGGUGUGCGGCACCAUGUCCUCCCUCAUCAACGUCUACCUGUCCUGGCGCGCCAUGUUCCCUCCUCCCGCGCCCAAGUAG